AUGGCAGAAAUUCGCCGGCACAACCGGCCUGUCCUUCGAUAUUUGAUGGCCCGAGGCCAAGAAAGACGACUCGUAGACCAUCAAAACCCCUUGGAGAAGUACUCCGCCAAGGGGGUGAAAGACAGAUAUCGUUUCCUGCCCGACACAAUAAUGGUCUUCGUUGAGGUAUUCGGCACAAAGUUGACGCGUCCGACCGACCGUGGCCAUGCACUGCCUGUCAUACUACAAAUUUGCGUGUGUCUCCGUUUCCUUGCUUGCGGGUCCUUCCAAAUAAUGGUCGGGGAUGGAGAUGGACAGUCAAAAAGUUCCGUGUGCCGUAUCGUGAAGGCCACCAUGAAUGAAAUAAUCAAAUAUAUGAGCGAAAUCAUAAAAUUUCCGAGGGGCGACGAAGCCACAGAAACUAAGAAGCGCUUCUUCGCAGUUGCAGGUUUCCCUAACGUAAUCGGUGCUUUGGACUGCACACAGAUAAAGAUUCAAGCCCCAUCUCAAUUUGAGGAUGUUUAUGUCUGUCGCAAAUCCAUUCACAGCAUCAAUGUUCAGAUGAUAUGUGAUGCUGAUCGCAUUGCCACAAACCUUGUAGCCAAAUGGCCGGGAAGUGUUCACGACAGUGGAAUAUUCAAGGUGUCGUCCAUUGGCCGAGAACUUGCUAACCAAGCUCCACAUGAUGGAUUCCUUUUGGGAGACAAAGUGUUCUGUUUCUUGCUCAGGCAUAGAUGCAACACGCACAACGGUCGACAGGUAUAA